GUAUAUUUUCUUGCUUGCAGUGCUCACUCCACAGACUUUGAUAGAGUGAGCGUAAACAAGAGAGUGAGAGAGAGCAUACGGCUGGCAGAUCAUUAAACACAAAUGAAGAAACAAAUACUGGAAUAACCAAGAGAACUAGAGAAAGGGCGAGUUUCUAAGAGAAAAAUAUUCGCUAUGCUCUGAGAUGAAGCUUGCGAAUAUGUGGUGGAAAGCGCACUGAGUGAUACAUCGUGUAUUUACUGUUUGCAGGAUUUGCCAAGGAUCAACUAGUGGGCAGUUCAAAGGUCAUCUGGCAACACAUUAUUGUCUUAUUGGAAAAAUAGUUUCUAUUGUGCAAAAAGAGCAUUUAAUAUGUCUUUGCUAGCAACUGAGUUUUACACUUGUAUGUUUAUCACUCUCAGAUGCGCCGCAUUUCGCUCGACGCAUCACUCACUCAAGUCAACCCUUUUCCCUAACGACGUCGCUCAUCUGCGCCAAUUGCUUGCCAUUCUCACAUUCUGCAAGCUUUGUCCAUCGUAGAUGCGGAUGUGGGGGGCUCCGCGCAUGUAAGUGAGCAUCAGCUGAGGAACGACCAACUGCUAUGCGCACUAACACGAGUGUAACUCCAUACAUAUUACAUGCAUACAUAUGUACAUUCUCACCGUCGUUGUUGAGUUGCGUUGUGAACUGGCCGAGUGCUGCAUACAUUCAGUAUUAUUCUAUUCGUCUGCGAUAAAAGUUGCGAGUAAAUGUUGAGUCUGUGUCUCGAUAGAUUUUUUCAAAUUUCGUGGGCUACUGGUGGAUGUUGAAGUUUUUUAACUCGCUUUUUGCUGUCGUUGUGUCGCUGUUUAUAUGUCGACUCGUUACAUUAUUUGGUCGGUUCAAACAUCUUUCAUUCUGGAAAGGAGUCGAAAACCAUUGCUGUGAUACCGGAAUUCGAAAAGAAAAAAAAAAAUGAGAAACUAAAAAUUAUGAUUUAAAAAAAGUGUGCGGUUGUAGUAGAAGCAUUUUUUACGAACUACAUACAUGGUUUCGCCGGCGGAAAAAUUGAAUGACAAAGCGAUUUAAAAACCAGAGUUUAGCGUAGGUAUGCGCGUGUUUGAGAAAUAAUCAAAACAAAAGAUUUGAGAUCAUUUUGAAAAAGUAUAAAGUAUCGUGAUAAGUAUGUACGAGCACUGAUCAAACCGAAGUUGCCACCCCACAGCACUGCUAUCUAAAAACAAGCAAGUUGGCAAUAGUGUAGCGAAUUGGCAACACCGACGCACAAUUUUUGUUCGCUGUUUGUGGAAUAUUUAUGGAUAACUGUAGAAACCCACAACGACAAAAACGCGAAGAGAUUUCGUCGCAUUUACAAAUAAACCAAUUGUUGUGAACUGUGUGCGACAAAACGAAACGUAAAGUAGCAACAAAGUGAUUCUAACAAAUCCAACAACAGCAAAACAAUUGUUGCUUACUACAAAAGUGAAAAGAAAAAAUAUUCGAAAAGCAAAGUCAUUGCAGCAAAUAGCGCGCAACUAAAAUCACACCAAAACAAGCACGUGCGCUACGACAAUAACAACAAUAUCGCAGAAAAAGAUUCCUCCUCAUAGGUGUCGCGCUGAUCGGCCCCGGCCUAAGGGGCCAUGACGCGUUGGCCCUUUCAUUAUUUAUUAUUGCUCUCGGUGGCAGUAUUCUGUGUACCGGGUGUCAUAGCGUUGCGCGACGAACGCAAUAGGACCAUACUCAAUGUUGGCUAUCUAACAGCCAUUACCGGUGAACUAAUGGACAAGCAGGGUCUGGCCAUUUCAGGUGCACUCACAAUGGCUUUAGAUGAGAUCAACAAAGAUACCAACUUGCUGCCAAAUGUUAAAUUGCAGUUGCGCUGGAAUGACACAAAAGGUGACACGGUGACUGCUACCAAAGCCAUAACCGAAAUGAUAUGCGAUGGCAUUGUGACGAUAUUCGGUCCAGAGGGUCAUUGCUAUGUGGAGGCUAUAGUAUCGCAAAGUCGUAACAUUCCAAUGAUAUCAUAUAAAUGUGCUGAAUACAGAGCAUCUGCGAUACCGACAUUUGCACGCACCGAACCGCCAGAUACGCAGGUGAUUAAGUCGGUGAUUUCGUUAUUGCGUUACUAUGGCUGGAAAAAGUUCUCCAUUUUGCAUGAUGAGCUGUGGACCACUGUCGCUGAUUUGCUCAAAGAACAGGCCACCAAGAGGAAUAUGACAAUAAAUCACAAGGAAGCGUUUCUAACAAAUAUGCCAAAAUGCUGCGCCCUAGGGUUGCCAUGCUGUCGCACGAGUUUUUGGUAUCAGACUGUACAAAAUACAAUGAAUCGCACACGCAUCUAUGUCUUCUUGGGUUCGGCGAGCUCUCUGGUCGACUUUAUGCUCUCCAUGGAAACGAGCAACUUGUUCCUCAAAGGUGAAUACAUGGUCAUCUUUGUCGAUAUGAUGCCCUAUACACCAAAAGAAGCCGAAAAGUAUUUACGAAAACCGGAGCAUGUUGAGGCGAUGAAAGUUUGUCACGAAUCGGAGAGUUUCAAGCAAUUGGCGCGCAGUUUGCUAGUCGUGGCGUCGACGCCACCAACGGACAGUUACGAAAAUUUCACGGCCAGAGUGCGCGAAUACAAUGCAAAGAAGCCGUUCGACUUUCUUGUGCCAUCGUUAUUUUACAAUAAUAAAUAUCUUAAGUUUGUUUCUAUAUAUGCCGCUUACCUCUAUGAUUCCGUUAAGCUCUAUGCCUGGGCGUUGGAUAAAUUGCUGCGCCAGGAGGAGCGCAUACUGACGGAUGAUGUGAUAUACGAUGUAGCUAGUAAUGGAACUAGAAUAAUUGAGACUAUUAUCAAAAAUCGUACUUAUAGAAGUAUCACUGGUGCAACCAUAAAAAUAGACCAGAACGGUGAUUCCGAAGGAAAUUUCUCAGUACUGGCCUAUAAGCCACACAAACACUACUUUAGUGAUAAUGUAUCCUGCAAUUCUCAUAUGGUACCGGUGGCCUAUUUCCAACAAGGAGAAGAUAUUCCAGAAUACAAACUCAUCAAUGGCUCUGUACGCGUUGACUGGCCAUCGGGAGGUGAUCGUCCUUUCGAUGAACCCAUGUGCGGCUUUGCCAAUGAGCUGUGCAAAAAAGACGAUCGACAUAUCACAUCUGUGGUGGCUGCUGGUGUACUUGGCUUACUGUUAUUCUGUGCAGGUGUCAUCACGAUGAGUAUUUAUCGAAAGUGGAAAAUCGAGCUGGAAAUCGAGGGUCUACUAUGGAAGAUUGAUAUAGGAGAGAUAAAGGGGUACUCGGGGAAUGAUAUCGUCUCAUCGCCAAGUAAGUUGAGCUUAGUGAGUGCCCAAUCGUUUGGAUCGCGUUGCUCAAAUCAAGUAUUCACCUCAACGGCACGCUUACGCGGCGCUGUCGUGCGCAUCAAGGAGUUGAAGUUUCCGCGGAAGCGGGACAUCUCACGCGAAAUAAUGAAAGAAAUGCGUUUGUUGCGCGAACUACGCCAUGAUAACAUAAAUAGCUUUAUUGGGGCUUGUGUGGAGCCGACACGUAUACUACUAGUCACCGAUUACUGUGCCAAGGGCAGUCUCUACGACAUAAUCGAGAAUGAGGACAUCAAGCUGGAUGAUCUGUUCAUUGCCUCACUGAUUCACGACUUAAUAAAGGGCAUGAUAUACAUACACGAUUCGCAGCUGAUGUUCCAUGGAAAUUUAAAAUCAUCGAACUGUGUGGUUACCUCGCGUUGGAUGUUGCAAGUGGCCGACUUUGGAUUGCACGAGUUGAGAAAUUGUGCAGAAAGCGAGUCCAUAGGAGAGCACCAGCACUACCGAAAUCAAUUUUGGAAAGCACCCGAAUUGCUUCGCAAUCCACACAUCUAUGGCACCCAAAAAGGAGAUGUUUACGCAUUUGCGAUAAUUAUGUACGAAAUAGUGAGUCGAAAAGGUCCAUUCGGACAGGUCGCGUACGAGCCAAAGGAGAUUGUAGAUCGGGUAAAAGAACUGCCGUUAGCCGGCAGCAUACCGUUUCGGCCUGAAUUAGAAUGCAUAAGGGAACACGAGCUGUGUCCCGACUAUGUGUUGGAUUGUAUAAAAGAUUGUUGGAGUGAGGACCCUGAAAUAAGACCCGAUUUUCCAACUAUACGCAAUCGCUUGAAGAAAAUGCGUGGCGGUAAGACGAAAAAUAUUAUGGACCAAAUGAUGGAAAUGAUGGAAAAGUAUGCCAAUAAUUUGGAGGAUAUCGUUACCGAGCGCACUCGCAUGUUGUGCGAGGAGAAACGCAAAACAGAAGAUUUAUUACAUCGCAUGUUGCCGCGCACCGUGGCGGAAAAGCUGACAAUGGGUCAGGGUGUCGAGCCAGUGUCUUACGAUCUGGUUACUAUCUACUUCAGCGAUAUUGUGGGUUUUACUGCUAUGUCGGCAGAGAGUACACCACUGCAGGUGGUGAACUUCUUGAACGAUCUCUACACGGUAUUCGAUCGCAUCAUCCGCGGCUAUGAUGUGUACAAGGUGGAGACCAUUGGCGAUGCUUAUAUGGUGGUUUCCGGCUUACCAAUCAAGAACGGGGAUCGACAUGCUGGCGAAAUCGCUUCAAUGGCUCUGGAUCUGCUGCAUGCAGUCAAGCAACAUCGCAUAGCACACCGUCCCAACGAAACGCUCAAGUUGCGCAUCGGCAUUCACACUGGUCCCGUGGUUGCUGGUGUAGUGGGUCUGACUAUGCCGCGCUACUGCCUAUUCGGCGAUACAGUAAACACAGCGUCGCGCAUGGAGUCGAACGGAGAGGCGUUAAAGAUACACAUAUCAGGCAAAUGUAAAGAGGCACUUGACAAGCUCGACGGCUAUGUGACCGAGAAACGUGGACUUGUGGCGAUGAAGGGCAAAGGUGAGGUGGUCACAUACUGGCUGACAGGCGCUACAGAGAAGGCAAUACAGCGGAAGCUGGUGGAUAUGACUGAUAUGCCACCGCCACUGUUCUGCCGACCGCGCAAAAGUCCAAAGCUGAAUAGUGACUCACGUCAACCGAGCAUUGUAGGCAUGCACUACUAUGGCGGUGGCUCGCGUCGUACAUCAAUGGUGCCACGCACAGAUGUAGAGUCCAAUUACAGCCUACAAGGUUCCACAUAUCAUGUGGCACGCGACUCGCCACAUCUGUCGUCGCGUCGUUACGAUCGGCCGUCCCUGAAUGGUAUCGGUGGCAAUAGCAUACCCGAACGCAUGAGCUACUAUGGUGGUGCAGGGGGUGGUGGUGACAGAAGUGGGAGUGUCGGUGAGACUUACACGCUACUGGAGUCAACACGCGCAUCAAACAACACACUGGAGCAUUCCGAAAACGAAACGAACUGUGAUAAUGAGUGCGUGAAUGGGUAUGGUGAUGGAGAUAGUGGUGGAGGCAGUGGAAUAGUCAGUCGUGAAAGAAGUGGUAUUGAUGUGGUGAGCAUUAUUGGUAGUACACUGUUGGGAGGAACACACCGUGCACCACAUUCCGUUGCUAGCUCACCCAGCCACAAGCCACUUGCCUUGGUACGUCCACAUCGGCGCAUUAUCAGCGAAAAGCUGCCAUCUUCAGCCUCCAUACAAGAGUUUAGUGAUAUCAGUAGGCAUCCGACUGUCGCUCAAACGAUUUUAUUGCGUGAAACACGCUCCCUUGAUCCAAUGCCAAUGCAGCUGCGCAAGCGAAACGAGCCUGUCAAACUGCCACCGUCCAAACUUUGUAAGAACAAUUCACGUUCCUUGGAUGCAGUUGCAGCAAUCGGUGCAAAAGAGGACAAAGCAACUGAGUCUGAAAGCGCAAAUAUGAAUGGAGUCGAGUGCGACGAAGUAGAUGAGGUGGGACUAUUGGAUCACCAAGAUGCCACCGCGGACGUAGAUACAAAUAAUCUGGAGGGCGACGACUACGAUGACGAUGUUGGUCUGCUGAUGCGAGAUAACGGCGGUUUACGAUACGGGCAUAGUAGCAGCCUGCAACCGACUGUAGUGCCUGUCGCAUCCACCCUGCUAAACCGUAGACGCAGUGGUGGCCACGUUAUUACCGUUGGUGGAAGCGGUAUAGUUGGUGGUGCGUUGCUACCCUACAAGCACCUGAACAACAACUGCAAUGGUGGCAUGACCAUCGAAGAGGAUGCGCAAUCGCCACUGCUUCAACGUCAGGCAUCCCUCACUGGUCCACCCGACGAAAUACUGGCGCGCACGAAACGUUGGCGCUCCUUGGAGACGCUGGAACAUGCAAACAUUAAUAUAACAACGCUGACGAACGCCAACAGCGGGCGAGGUGUUAUUGGUGGCAUUCCGCAUCUCAGCAGCCACACCGGGCACAAUAGCGUCAGCUACGCUCCCGACAUUGAUGGCAGUCGUGCUUCCGGUUCAACAGCGCCAGGUUCCUCUACAGCGACGCGCAGCGGAAAUACUUUCACUACAUGGAUAUGGCGUAUAAUUCAGGGCAACGUCAAGCGGCCCAAUGAUUCGUCACUGCGGCGCGUAGUGCCGAGUGGGGUGCACGCCCCGCACGUUUUCACAGACAUGCCAGCGACGACGACGGCGCGCACACGCGAUCGGGAGAGUAUUGUGUAGAGUAAGAGGAAGAAUGGAGAAAAAAUCGGGGUUUGUGCAAUAUUGUGCUAGGUGCGGAGGGAACUGAGGGUGUAAAUAGGCGAAAAAAUUGCAUUAAUUUUCUAUGGCAGCGUGCUAAUUUCCUAAUUUACCGUUAGUAGAAAAACAUUUAUUUAACCUGUUUAGGAUUUCUAUACAAACACGGGCGUACAUAAAUUUGCGUUGUAUUUGCAAACUAAAACGAUCAGAAAAUGGGAAUUGUAUGUUAAAAUUUAUUUAACAGUUUUAGUGCUGUACGCGAUUUUGAGCUGCGCUUGGCAUUUGCAGAAGAAAAUUGCAGGAGAAAAUUGAUGCAAUUAGUCUCAGGAAAAUACGAUUUUCGAAAAAUCGCUUUUCGAAGAAAUUUGAAUUGAAAAAUUGUAAUAUAGCUAAACUAAAACAAGAAAUAUUUCUCUUUAUUAUAUUAAAUUCUCCCUCUAAAAGCGCUAAGAAGAAGCGAAGCCUCUGCAUAGGCGAGCCAUUUGUGGAUCUUAUUUGCAAAGCAAUGCUUUCUCACAUUUUUCAAAAUAGUGCACCAACAAAAAAUGCACUUUUUCUUAAUGUGCACAUACAAGUAAGUGCUAGAAAAAAAUUACGAAGACGCCAACCAACAGCGACGCAUUCAGUAGAGUUGCGAUUAUUUACAGACAGAAGGUGUGGAAUAAGCUCAUAUGUACAUACAUAUGUAUAUACUGCUGCUAGAGGUUUCUACCAUAUGAUACAUACAGGUGUAUGUAUGUAUGUAUGUACAUUUGCUGGUAUGUAUCUACACUAUACAUGGAAGUCUUGAAAUUAAAUAUUGAACAUUUUUAAAGUCCUAAGCUGCAGGAUUUGAUCUCAAGCUAGAGUCGUAAACAAUUUUCACUACAUACAUAAAUUAUAUAUUUUUUGUAUAUCUAUUUCUUCUUUUUCAUAACUUCUUUCGCGUAGUCAAUGAAACUCUGAACUCUAAUGCAUUGCAACUAAUGCUCCUUGUCUUUUCUCAUGAAACCCUUGAAUAAUUGGAACUCUACACACACAAAUGCGCGAGUAUAAGUAGUUAAAAAAUACAAAACAAAAAUUAAAAUAAUUAAAAAUACAUAACAUAAAUUUAUCUAGUCAGCAGACACCAGA